GGAGCUCGAGUCAAAGCGGUACACGGUUGUGGUAGAGAGGGAACAGGCGUUGUUGAAAGGGAGAGGAAGCUGAAACGGCAGUUGGUACGCAAGCUAUUGCUUUUUAACGUUGCUUGCAUCCAUUGCUAUUUCCUAAUGGCAACGGAGGAUAAAAGGAAAUGUGUGCCGCAGGCUGAAUCAGAAGUCGGUUCGUUACCGACACCUCAUGGCUACAAUAACAAUAAUAACAACAACAACAAUAAUAACAAAGAUAGCGAGGGAAGCGAGAAUACGACCACGGCCACUUCGAGCUCUACCGCAUCGAGCGGGACAGGAACUCAUAGCAUCGGGAACGGCUCUGGAGUCAACCCUACAGUGGGAAAUAACGGGAAAUGGGUCCGGUUGAACGUCGGCGGCACAGUAUUCCUCACAACGCGACAUACCCUACUCAAAGAACAAACGUCCUUUCUAUAUCGGCUCUGUCAACACCAGGACUUACAUUCGGACACGGACGAGACAGGGGCCUAUGUGAUAGACAGAGACCCCACCUACUUCGGCCCCAUCCUUAACUACCUGCGACACGGCAAACUGGUCUACAACAAGGAGCUGGCUGAAGAAGGCGUGUUAGAGGAGGCUGAGUUCUACAACAUCACUCCUCUGAUAAAACUGAUCAAGGAGAGGAUCCUGGAGCGGGACUGUAAAAUCACACAGCAGGUGCCUCCUAAACAUGUGUACCGGGUGCUGCAGUGCCAGGAGGAGGAGCUGACCCAGAUGGUUUCCACCAUGUCAGACGGCUGGAAGUUUGAGCAGGUCAGCGUGCGCACCUGCAGAAAGCCCCGCACCGGACUGCUCUGGACUAUGGUAAACAUUGGUUCGUCAUAUAGCUAUGGGACAGAGGACCAGGCAGAGUUUCUGUGUGUGGUGUCCAAGGAGCUACACACACCUGGCUCAGGCCUGGGCACCGAACAGAGCCACAAGACCAAGGCUUCAGAGGUGCAGCAGGAGAAAGGAGCGCAGGAUGAGGUGGAGGGAAGAGAGAGAAAUACCACCCCGAAUGAGUGGAUAAGGGAAUGACAGUCUUGUGUCAGUUUUCCAAAGACGUGAAUGGCUUUUUCAGAUCCAUGGGUCCCGGAUGUACUAGAGAGAAUUGUACUGUUUUAGCUUGACAUUUCAUUUUGUGUUUGUUGACAUAUGUUUUAUCAUUGUUGUUGCUUCUGGAGAAAAAAAAACAGAAGUGCUCAAACAUUAUUUUCAAAGAUUAUCGAAGUGUCCCUCUCCUCUUUAAAAAUGUAUUUAUUUAUUAUCAUCUAUAAUUUUUUACAUGUAUUUUAGUUCCAAUCACUUAAGCCAUGGAAGUUAGUGAAUCUUAGUAAAAUAGAUUUGACCAAAGACAAUGAUUAAAAGCACUGCAAAUCAAUGUGCUCAUCCAAAUGUGAAAAAUGGUAUGAAAUAUGUGGAAUCUGACUCAUAAGUAAAUUGUUGUUGUUUGCAGUAGUUCUGACUUGUCUGAUACUUGAUACAUUAGUGAGACCUGGGCCUGAGCCAGUGAUGUGGCUGUCUGAGCCAGUGAUGUCCUGUCUCUGAUACUGCUCUGCUGCAGUAGAGAUUGACAGUGAGACUCACACAGAAAGACAGACAGAUGUCAACUAACUGGCCACAGUCAGCAACACAAAAAAACUCUUCCCCCUUACACACACUCCCUUACGCUCUCUCACAGACACGCGCACACACACAGUCUUGUAUAAUUAACUUUGUUCGGACACACAAUUCAGUCCCAUUCAAAAUCCCAUUUUUCCUAACCUUAAGUAUAGUUAAACACGUCCACACACACACAUCUUUCACUCACUCACUCACUCACUCACUCACUCACUCACUCACUCACUCACUCACUCACUCACUCACUCACUCACUCAUACCCAUAGCAGUGCUUCCUGUCGGGACAUGUGUGUUCCCUGAGGCAUGUGCAUGCUCAGCAGAGCAGAGCUCUCAGCCUGUCGCCCUGGCCUGGCUCCAGUGUGACUCUAGGCACUGGCAGGAUAAAGAAGAGAAAGGUGCUGAACGAGGUCUGCGUCUGAAGUGGCACCUUAUUCCCUACAUAGUGCACUACUCUGGUCAAGAGUACUGCACUAUAUAUGGAAUAGGGUGCCAUUUUGGAUGCAUCCCUGUUCUCUGCUCAUGUUGUAAUGACAGGCCCUUGCACCUCGAGGACAGGAUGUUGUCAUUACACUUUUAGCUAGGACUAUGGCACAAAUAUUGUUAAAGAAUUUCAUUUUUUUGUAUGUAUUUCACUGUAAAUGAGUAGAAAGGAGAUAAGAUAAGACCUUGUCAAAGGCAUCAUGCACUUAGAACAGAAAAUGGUUGCAAAUGAAUUAGAAGGUUUUGGCACUGGCCAUUAUCACCUCCGAGCCCCUGCAGCCCAAUAUUGUCACUGUCAGUAGAGACAGCCUGUCUCUGCAACCUUCAAAUACUGCAAAUAUACUCAUUCUAGUCUCUGCAUGUCAACAUACCCACAGAUCACCAUUUGAGUUGAUUUCAGUUAAAAGCUUUCAUGGAGGCAAUAUUGCGUUUUUGUGCAUGUGCAUUGUGAAUAUAACGUUUGGCUUUGGUCAUCAAAAAAAGAGCAUAGCAUCUGGAUUAAGAUCACUUAAUUGGUAUAUUGUACAUAAGGUCCAACCAAAAUUUGACAUCUGCUUUUAACCCAACUCAUCCAAAGCAUACAUAUCCAGUUUGUUUUUAGAGCAGUGUAUGGGCACUUCCAAACUGUGUGCUGUUGUUGUGGGGGGUUAAGUGCCUUGCUCAAAGGCAGGCAGUGGCAUCUAGGAUUUGAUACCAGCAACCCGCAUGUUGCCAGCUCACUUCGCACAAGAUUUUUACCGUCAGACACAUUUCAAGUUGCUGGCUCGCCUCCCUAACUGCUAGGCUACCUCUCUAACCGCGAGGCUUGGGUGCCUUGACAAUAUAGGCAUGUACAAAUUCUCUGGGAAAAUUCGUUUGAGUCGGUCAAUGGACUGCAAAAUUACUAUACUACAUUUCUUUUGUACAUGUGUUUUGGUUAUUUAUUUUCAUGACAUGUUAAUUGCAUGUUUUUUUCAGAAUCAUGAUUACUGCUGUAAAAUAUUUUUUACAACCAAGCUUAUCUUGUAUUUCUCCUGUUUUUAAGUGUCAUUGUUUAAAAAAAUGUAUUCUAUGUCUAGCCAUGUGCCAGGCAUUGACCUCAUGUUUUGGUGGUUUUGCAUCAGAAGAUGUCCCCUUUAAUGAGACUACUCUAGUUUGUAGCCUUAGCUCAAACUGUUUGUGCUUUUCCAAGACAUCAGAACUUGAGCUGAAAACCUGGUAUUCCUCAGCAUGUUUAAAAAAAAAAAAAGGUUCUACUCAUCCAUGAGCAUGACAGAUUUGAUCUAUUUAUAUAUAUACGUGUAUGUAUACAGUACCAGUCAAAAGUUUGGACACCUACUCAUUCAAGGGUUUUUCUUUAUUGUUACUGUUUUCUACAUUGUAGAAUAAUAAUGAAGACAUCAAAACUAUGAAAUAACAUAUAUAUGGAAUCAUGUAGUAACAAAAAAAGUGUUUAUAUUUCAGAUUCUUCAAAGUAGCCACGCUUUGCGUUGAUGACAGCUUUGCACACUCUUGGCAUUCUCUCAAUCAGCUUCACCUGGAAUGCUUUUCCAACAGUCUUGAAGGAGUUCACUCUGCGGUUCAACACAUCCCAAACCAUCUCAAUUGGGUUGAGGUUUGGGUGAUUGUGGAGGCCAGGUCAUCUGAUGCAGCACUCCAUCACUCUCCUUCUUGGUCAAAUAGUCCUUACACAGCCUGGAGGUGUGUUGGGUUAUUGUCCUGUUGAAAAACAAAUGAUAGUCCCAUUAAGCUCAAACCAGAUGGGAUGGUGUAUCUGCUGCAGAAUGCUGUGGUAGCCAUGCUGGUUAUUAAGUGUGGCUUGAAUUCUAAAUAAAUCACUGACUGUGUCACCAGCAAUGCACCCCCGCACCAUCAAACCUGCUUCACCAUGGGAACCACACGUGCGGAGAUCAUCAGUUCACCGACUCUGCGUCUCACAAAGACACGGCAGUUGGAACCAAACUCAAAUUUGGACUCAUCAGACCAAAAUACAUAUUUCCACUGAUCUAAUGUCCAUUGUUCAUGUUUCUUGGUCCAAGCAACUUCUUCUUAUUUGUGUUCUUUGGUAGUGGUUUCCAGAAAUUCAACCAUCAAUGCCUGAUUCACACAGUCUCUGAACAGUUGAUGUUGAGAUGUGUCUGUUACUUGAACUCUGUGAAGCAUUUAUUUGGGCUGCAAUUUCAGAUGCUGGUAACUCUAAUGAACUUAUCGUCUACAGCAGAGGUAACUCUGGGUCUUCCUUUCCUAUGACGGUCCUCAUGAGAGCCAGUUUCAUCAUAGCGCUUAAAGGUUUUUGGGAAGUGUUCUGCAUUGACUGACCUUCAUGUCUUAAAGUAAUGAUGGACUGUCGUUUCUCUUUGCUUAUUUGAGCUGUUCUUUUACCAAAUAGGUAAUAAAUAGGUAACUAAUUCAUGAAGUUGGUUGAGAGAAUGCCAAGAGUGUGCAAAGCUGUCAUCAAGGCAAAGGGUGGCUACUUUGAAGAAUCUCGAAUAUAAAAUAUAUUUUGAUUUGUUUAUCAUGUUUUUGGUUACUACAUGAUUCCAUAUGUUCAUAGUUAUAAUGUCUUCACUAUUAUUCUACAAUGUAGAACAUAGUAUAAAUAAAGAUAAACCCUUGAAUGAGUAAGUUAGGUUUGUCCCAACUUUUGUCUGGUACUGUAUAUGGGUUUCACUGUAGUUAAUCUCAUUAACUUGUUCCCGGACAAUAGAUCAGAAGUGAUUUUUUUUAUUAGGCAUCUAAUGCUGUUACAAUAGCCAGGGUUGAUUUGCUUUACAAUACAUUAUCUUUAUACAAUGUUUUUUAUGGGUAUAACAGUAAUAGCAGUCAUGCUAUAUUCUUUUUUUUUUUUUUAAGAAUCUAAACAAUGUAAAUAUGUGUUAGACAUUUGUGCAUAGUCAUUUAUAAUUCACUGUAGAAAAUCAGCGAGAGUGAGAACUUCCUUCCUACCCCCUUUAACUAAAGCUUCAGUGUACACAGAUACACCACCAUAACUUCUCAGACAUCAGUGACAUGGGAAUUGUAAUGCCUCAAUAUACUGUAACAGGCUCAAUGAAACAUGCUGUACAGGAAUGAUUCCAACAACUGUAAAAAUAUAAGCACAUAAAUAAA